AUAUAGUUAGAGUCAAUACAAGUCGUCAAACAUAACAAUACAGUGAAUGCAAUGAAUGUGUGAUUUGUUUGCAAACAAACAUUGAUUUUGACCACAACUGACACACAAACACAUCGACGAUAUUUCCCAACAAUACAACCGAUUGGCCAACAAAUAGCACCGACAGUCGGACACCACGGCAUUGAUAUUACACAAUGCUUGAGGAAAGUACCGGCAAUUUCAGCGCCACUCGCAAUGUCUACGACUGGUAUCAGACAUCGACUCACGUCAUACUUAAUAUUAUGAUUAAAAAUUUGAAGGAAAGUGAUGUUAAAGUGAAAUUAAUUGACGAAACUUUAGACGUAAGCUGUAGUCUCGCCGACGGCAGUGAAUUCAAACUGCAUUUUAAUCUCUUUAAGAGUAUAUAUGUAUCGGAAAGUAAUUGGACGGUCACGCCAUCAAAACUAGAGGUCAAACUUAAAAAGACAGACAGAAAAAGAUGGCAAAGUCUUGAAGUAUUACCCGACAAGACUGGUAAACGGCCGCUAAGUUUUGUUGGUUUUGUUCAGCAACAGAGUCCAACCAAAAAGGCCAACACAGAGAUUAUACGGGUUAACACAUCACUGGUGGACGAGAGUACCGGUCCUAAGUAUGACUGGCAUCAGACACCCAACUCUGUUAUCAUAUCCAUACAUAUACCGAACCUUACGGAACAAGACGUGAGAGUAGAGUUCGGAGAGAAUACCUUAUUCUGGUCGUGUAAACACACUAAUGAUCCGACUUUUAACGUCAAACUUAGUUUAUUUAAGCCUAUUAUUGUUGACGAGAGUUCGUGGAAGUUAACAGUCUCUAAGCUAGAGAUUGAACUUAAGAAGAAAGACGGCGGACGAUGGGCUAAUUUAGAGGCGCCGUCGCAGACGAUUAAAAGUGCCAAUUGGGUGGUCAAGACUGAGGAGGAAUCCGAAGCUCAAAGUUCUAGUGCUGAAGACAGCAACCAAGCAAUUACUGAUGAUAUCAACAACGGUAUCACAAAUGAUGCCACUACUAGUGUUGUCAACAAUAAAACAUUUGAUUUGAUGAACACAAUAGUCGGUAUAGAGUCAGAUGAGUCAAACACUGAUGAUAUUGUAGAUAAUGAUAGCGCUAAGACUGAUGAUAAAGUGCUGCAAAAUUUAGAUAAAAUUGUCAACGAUUUUAAGGAACGAGAGGCCAAAGAGUCAGCUGAUGGAACAGUUGAUGAACUGUUAAGAGAAAUCUACGAAAAAGGAGGCGACGAAGUGAGACGUGCCAUGAAUAAUAGGUUUACUAAAACUGGUGGUCAAAACACGGAUGAGCUUAAGGAUGAGGAAGAACAGCAAAAUAAAGAUGAAGAGUCUUCUGUCAACAAUCAAAUUCAAAUUGAUUUGACAGAUGAUGUUUGCGACCAAAUAAACCACACAUUAGACGAACCAAUUGCUUGACAACUGAUGGAUACACACAAAGCAUUUUUGAAG